ACUUGCCAUUGGCCAUCAUAGCGAAAAUUCAGAAAAAUCAAAGAUGGUCAGAAUUUGUGGCCCCAAACUAGCAAAUUGUUGCUUUUUAAUAAGCAUAUGGGGUGUUAUAAUGUUGCUGCUGUUAGGAGUAUUUUUCAGCACAAGAAGUGUAGCACUCAUAGAAGAUAUUCCCGGUAAAAUGACAGAAUCAGAAGGUUAUAAGUCAUCGGCAAAAAAUUGUUACAUAGCUGCUGGAAUUUAUGCUGUUACAAUGGUUGUUGCAGCACAUCAGAAAUGGGUGAAUAGUCGGACAGGGGAUACACAAAAGCUGGUUGUGACCUAAAGUAAAGAUUUUCACGGAAGUUAAUGUCAAGAGAACUUUAGAUUUAAUGGCACUAGUAAUAGCUUUGUCUGAUUUGGGAGCUAUAAAUCCAAAGAUUAUUGUAUAAUCAAUUAUAAUAUAGCUAAAUAUAUAAGUAAGUAAUUAUUUAAUUUCUUUGUACAACUAUCAAUAGCAUGGGUAGAAGAAAAGUCACUAGAACUACGGACAACAUCUCUUACUAUUCCUUGUAAAGAUGAUUUUGGAGAUGCUGAUAUUUACCGAUAACCAUUAUGCAGAGCCAGCCUAAUUUGUAGUUAAAAUUUCUUUAUAGACUAACUUUGACUUUUUUUAGUAAAUUGUCUUAAUUUUUUUUUAAGGGUGAUAUGGGUUUUAAUUUUAAUUUGGGUUUUUGCUUUUUUGUUUUGCAGUUAUGUUCAAGCGUAGCUGUGAUGCAUGUGUUCUAAUAUUGCUUUUGAUUAACCCUUAAGAAUAACUGAUUUUUUUUUUUGAGAUGCAAUAUAUACAAGGUCAGAAGCAGUGAUGGAUAUGAUAUAUAGUGUGUUCAUAUUGUGAAGCAAAUAGGGUCAGUACUAAGGGUAGUUUUUACUUUUGAUAAACACAACAAGGUCGAAGGCAAGAGAUACCUUUCAAAGUACAACUAGAUUACAGUGCUGUACUGCAUCAUCUGCGGAGAAACCCUGGUCCAAAACCCUGUCAUAACAGACCAUCAUAUAUGGACCACCCUUUCCAACAAAAAGCAUUCUUUAUACCAAACAGUCUAAAACGUUUGUAAAUUUUUUUAAGCAUACAAGUGGUAAGAUUUUGACCAAAGUUCAAUUCAUUCCCAUAAGGCAAUACAAGCUAGUCAGCCUUAAUUCUGAUGAACUUGUUUCUCAAGAAAGAAGUUUGUGAUUGUUAAUUUUGGUUUGCAUCUCUUUUAAACAUUGGGCAAGUUUGUAAUAAUACAGAGUUGCUUGUGAAUGUAGGUUUAAUGAUACAAGUUAUGUGAUUGCUCAUCACCACUCUUCAAAUGCACUCAUUUUGAAGAGUUGUUGUUUGAGCAUAAUGAAGAAGUUAAUUUACGUCAUGUAAUACAUGUACAUGAAGUUUAGUACGGUGAAUAGAAGUAGAUUUUGACCAAAAUAUGUAGUAAUAAGUAAAUUAAUUUCAUAAUAAUUUAUUUGCACUAGUGUGCAAGUGGAAAUUGAAAAUAUUGGGAGCUUAGGGUGAACAGUUUGUAACCAAAUCAAUAAUGCCCCAAACAAUUCUUUUAUACAUAUGCAUGUCUUUAUUCUCUAUACAAAAAAAAGUUUCAAAUGUUGUUAAUAAAAUCUUGAAUGAAAGAUGA